ACUGUCAGUCUGUGAGAGACUGUGAAAGUCAGUUUGUUCUUCAAAUUAAACGAAUUUCUGAUUUUAAAGUGUUGUUUCCUUUAGUUGGAAAUGCUAAGUGAAAGAUAUUAGUGAAAAUGUUUAGUUUCAAUAAAAAACCUGCUCCCGUAAAGAAAGACAGAAAACGCGACCCAACCGAGUUUGGUCUGUUUGGAAUAAACGACGGUUUGGAUGAUGACGGUAGUGAUGGUGAUAUCGAUGGCGAUGACGAUUUGGAGGCAGAACUGGCAGCAAUCUCCUCCGGAUCUGGAGCUGGUAAAAAAGUUAGACCGAAAUCAAAACCAAAAGGAGAUAUCGUUGCACCGGAAGCUCUGGAUGCAAUGGUGGCAGCUAGUCUGAGGGAUAUCGGAAGCGACGAAGAGCUUUCCGAUGAUGAAGAUGAUGCAGAUCUGAUGAAUGAGUUGGCAGCGAUUUCUGGAGGUGCAAUUGAGGAAGAACCGGAACUCGACAGAGCUUCACCUCCGAAGAAAGCUUCCUCGUCCGGAACAACAACGAAGGAUCUGAUUAAAUCAAGAAUCGAGAUGUAUGUGUUGGCUGAGGAUAAUGCAAAAAAGACUGGAGAUUCAGGUAAGGCACGGAGGUUCAAUCGGGGAUUGAAAACUUUGAAGGACAUGUUGAAACAGGUAGAAGCUGGAAAAUCAGUAGAUCCAAGCGAAAUCCCCCCGGAAGUGAGUGUGAAAAUUGCCGGAACGGUGAGUGCCAAAACUGAAUCUCCAAAAGAGGAAAAGGUAGAAAAUAUCCCAGCAGUCCCAACAGUACCUACCAGACGGGCUCCUGCUCCCCCACCGGCAGAUGCAAUUUUAAAACCUGAGCCAUUAAGUCCAGCUACUUUGCCACCGUCUGAUCCACCGCCGGUUUUUGAGUCAACAAGCUCUUCAAAAGUACCGGAAGUGAAACGAGACGUGGAAGCAAAUCCUGAUUUACUUAUAUUGACCGAACGGAAGAAUCAAUAUAAGGCGGCCGCUUUGCAAGCAAAAAAAGCAGGAAACACGGAAAAAGCAAUUAAAUAUAUGAAAACCGUUAAACAAUUCGAUACGGUGAUAAAUGCGUUAGAGAGCGGUCAAGAAGUUGAUCUGAGUAAAAUGCCACCGGCUCCAUCGGAUAUCGAAGAAAAUUUGCAUACCCUUCCACCGCCAGUGCCUCCGCGAAGAGCUCAACGAGAGGAAAAUCGAACGCAGAAGGAUGCCGAAGUGCCUGUCAUAAUUCCUGCUACCGAACCCAUUCAGCAGCCCGUAGAAACCGUAGGAGAGGAAGAGGAGGAAGAAGUACUCAUACAAGCGUCCAGCAUACUGGAAGCUUUGCAACAACGAUUAGAUAAGUAUAAAUCAGUUGAAAAAUCGUCCAAAGACGAAGGUAACGCUUCGAAGGCACGUCGAAUGGGUCGUAUUGUGAAACAAUAUGAGGAUGCGAUCAAAAUGCACAAGGCUGGGAAAACAAUACCAAUCGAUGAACUACCGACACCACCUGGUUAUGCGCCGAUUCCGGUGGAUACGCAGUCAGUGAAGCCACAGCCGGUUCCGUCUCCUCGUCCUGCUCCUAAAUCGAACCCUGUGCCGGCGCCGAUAGCAGCAGGUCCUAGCAAGGAACCGGGAAGGGCUCUCACGCAGAAUGAAAAGCAAAUUGCGGUGCUUUCAUUGCGCUUAGCGGAAUACCGUCAGGCAGCCCUGGAAGCAAAGAAGGCAGGGGAAUUGGAGGAAGCCAAGGAGUACAUCAGAACAUACAAAGGCUUGGAAAAACUGAUUGAAACUGCCCGCGGUGGCAUUCCGAUCGACAUGGCAACCAUACCGAUAGCACCAACGAAACGAAGCUCCCUGGAAGAUUCGUUCACCAUGGUUGCGGAAGAAGAUUGCACUGCGACGGAUGACGCGGACGUGGAUUUGAAUACUCGCCUGGAAGAGCAGCUUUCGAAGCAGCUGAUUAUGUGUAAGAAUACUAGGGAUCACCACCGUGCUAUGGGCGACGUGGCUGGGACGAAUCGAUUCGAAAAUUUGGCUUGCACUGUGCAAAAGGAUUUGGAUUUCGUUAGGUUAGCUCACAAGAAACGGCUUCCGGUGCCCAAGUUUCACUACGAGAUGAAGCAGUUCAAUGUGGUGAAAUGUAACACGGAUUUAUCCGAUAACGAGGUUGAAGUCACGGUGGUGAGGGGUAUCUCAUAUAACGUUCCUAAUCCGAAAGAGAUCGACACUUACGUGAAGUUGGAGUUCCCAUAUCCUCAGGACGAUCCGUUCAAAGUCAAAACCGCUCUAGUGCGUGACACGGACAAUCCGGAGUACAAUCAUCGGCAAAGUAUCGAAAUCCAGCGAAGUCAGCGGGCAUGCCAACGAAUUUUCAAAAGGCAAGCGGUCAAAUUCGAAGUUUUCUCCAAAGGAGGUUUCCUCCGCUCGGAUACCCUGAUUGGGACGGUUACGGUGAAACUGCAACCACUGGAGACGCAGUGUGAGAUUCACGAUUCGUUUCCGCUGAUGGACGGACGCAAAACUGUCGGUGGCACACUGGAAGUGAAAAUACGUGUUCGCAAUCCAAUACUGGCGAAGCAGAUCGAGCAGAUUAAGGAAAAGUGGCUGAUUAUUGAUGCAUGAAAAGAACUGCCAUCGCUGGAUUGCAGCAACAAUGAUCAACAGAUACUAGUGCGGUGAAAACGUUUGAGCCAGGAAAAAAAAGGAAAAACCAUUUCAUUUGAAUCUGCAUACAUCGAGGACGGUGCAACGCUUACACAUUGGUACGGAAGCUGAUGAGUGCUAUGAAAAGCCAUAGCCAGAAAACAAUCGGGAAAGCGCUUUAAAUAUAUGUUGAGUUUGGAAAUAGCUGGGAGAAGUAGUUAUGGAAUGCUUUUAAAUUCUGUAUUUUGUGAUAGAAUACGACAUAAUUUCAAUAAAAUUGUAAAACUAAUAAAAUAUAAUUCCAAUACUGUGCGAA